AUGUCGACAUACAGGAAAUCAUCACCGACACAAAAUAAUGGAAAGAAUGAUUGUAUGCAUGCUGGACUUGCCGCAGUAGUGGACAGUUCCUAUAAUAAGUGGAAUUAUAAAAUAGUACACUAUUUGGGAGCGUACGGACUUCUUUGGUACCUACAGUUCGUCGGUGUAGUGCUGGCAGUGCGAGACCGGAUGGGGGCGAUCCGCGUGCAGCUGGGCGAGCUGCGGCGGCUGCAGCGCGCCAGGCUGGCCCUGCACCGCGUCGCCCGCCUCUGCGGACACCACUUCGGCCCUGCGCUGCUGCUGUCCGUGCUGCAGCACGCGGUCCAGAUGGUCUCCCUGACGUACAGCGUCGUACUGAUGGCACAGAGCGACCAAGACCCCACACACCAGACACGCGCUGCCACAUUUUCUCUCUGCCUCUUCGUGCUGGCUAUAACUGUCAGCCUGCUGGCAAUGUGCUGGCUAUGUUCCUCUGCGGCAGACCUGGCUGACACUGUGGGAGAGCUCCUGGGGAAGCUUCAGAUUCUGCUGCGGCGAGCAGUUACCUCUGACGUCCUCUGUCUGUCGAUCAAGAGGAUGAACUUCUCUGCUGCGGGCUUCUUUGAUAUUGAUCUAAGCUUAUUUAUAGCAACUAUUGGUACUACCAUCACUUACGUUAUAAUACUUAUUCAGUUUAAGCCAUAA